AUGAUACGCCUCUCCUCCCUUCUCGCCACCGUGGUCGGCUUAUCCAUACCCAUCGGAUCUCACGCCGCGGUUGCCCAGGCACCUCAUCAGCAGGAAGUCCGGACUUCGCCCGAGCAUAACCAGUCCUCCCACCACGCAACCCCAAUCCACAAGCGGACGGCCCAAGAAGUGAUUGCACAGCUCAACCUCAUCCCCAACGUCGAGAAGGGGUACUACGUGGAGACCUUCCGAGACACGGACAACGUCACGGAAAGCCGCUCCAUCAGCACCGCGAUCUACUACCUCCUCGAGGGGCACGAGGGCCACUCCCACUGGCACCGGGUCGACGCGGUCGAGGUGUGGCACUACUACGCCGGGGCGCCCCUGACGCUCUCGCUUUCUCACGAUGACGGGUCGCCGGUGCGGGAGGUGAAGCUGGGGCCGGAUGUGUUUGCCGGGCAGCAACCGCAGCUGGCCAUCGGGAAGUGGGAGUGGCAACGGGCGAGGAGUUGGGGGGACUGGACGCUUGUUGGGACUACUGUCGCGCCGGGCUUUGAUCCUAGCGGGUUUGAGUUGGCUGAGCCUGACUGGAUGCCAAACGGAGCCUAG